AUGAAUAAAAUCACUCCUCUCACGGCCAAAGAAGAAAGAGAAUUACUGAAAGCGGCUAAACCAGUAAUAACAAUUUUCCUCGCAAUCAAUAAUCUGCAAAAGGAAAUUGCCGAAAAGGAAAAUAAUACAAAAAACAAGCAGAUAGCACCAGGAGAGAUUGAAAAACUAAAAAGCGGAAGAAAAGUUGAUCGUGAAGAAUUGAAAGCCGAGGGAACUUCCUCUUUAAUAAAAGCAGUUGAAAAGUUUGAUUUAAACAGCAAAAAUAAAUUUUCUACUUAUGCUGGGUCUGGCACGAAAGAAAAAAGCGUGAUUUAUUAUGACAGUAAUUAUCAAAAUGAUGACAAGGAAAGCAAAUCCUAUUCAUUAAUGGAAACUUUACAUGAUGAUGAAAAUGCUGAGUUGACUGCCGAGCAAGUUCGCCAUCAAGAUACUACCAUCCAAAUUAACAAUUUAAUUAACGCCCUAGGGAACCGAGAAGAGAUCUUGUUAGUUCGCUUGCUCUCGAAAAUAAGCAAAAUUCUUGGCAAAUCAGAAAAUACGGCUCGUCGUUUGAAGCAAGAAGCCUUCAAAAAAUUACAAAAAUUGGCCAAGGAAAGAAACCUUCACUUUUUGAUUAGAUAA